UCACCUUAUUUUUUAUUUUCGUUUUCAAAUACCCGUAGGUAUUGAUAAAUUGAAAGUUCAAAUUUUAAAAUGGCGCUGUAAGUGGGAGCUACCAUAGAUGUACCAUUUGAUGCUUUUUCGAAAUAUUUAGUUUUCGAGAUGGGACAUGACUCGUAAACGUUGCUUGAGUUGAGGUGGAAAGACCCUAUGGUAACCUACGAAUUUAAGUAGCAGUCAUUCAAGAACAAGAAUUUUUUUCUGCUGCAGUGGAUUUUCCAAAAAAUUUGCGGUAGUGUGGGUUUUACUCUCUUCAAAACUUUCUGUUCUCAUUUUUCUCUUCGCGAUAUCUUUUAAACCUAACGCCAGACAAUCUUCAUCAGUCGCUCACUUCGAAGAAAAGAGCUUCAAAAAUUUGACAUUUUUUGGGAUAUUGCACAAUCUCAGUAUGAAAUUUUAUGAUUCAAAAUCUCAAAUAUUUCAAGUCAACGAACCAAAUUAUCGAAGACGUAUUCUAAAUUUCAAUAAAACCGACGAGCAUAAAUCGCCCAAUCAAAAGUAAGAGGUAUUAUUUCUUAUUUCAAUUUCAAUUUUAUUAUUAUUGCUUAAUAUCAAAUUGCUUAGUAGUAAGUAAUGAAUUUCGGCGACGGUUGUCGUGGCUACACUGAUCGUGUUAUCGGAUAUUUACUCACCGCGCCGCUUCGUACCUCGUUCGAGUUCUCGCCGUUCGGUUAGUUUACUUUACUUCACCGUGGUAAUUUCUUAACGACCAUGUUCGAUUUAAAUGUACGCGUAUAGAAAUAUCAAAGUGUGUAAAAUUUACCUUCAAUUUCGUAUGUAAUUGUGUAGUGUUCGCGCUGAAAUAUAGUGACCGUUUGUACAUAUUAUCGUCGUAUUCAACUAAACAAACGCGUAAAUUGAAAUAACAUUGUUUUUGGAAACCUUGCAAUGGAUCCGGUACGUGUAAUGUGAAAAUACUUCGACUUCGUUCAGAUCCAGAUAUGAUACGUAUGCUGUUUAUUUGACUCGAGCAGGACUUGAUUUUUAUGCUUUUCUUGGAUUCGACCAUAGGCUAAUUCGACUUGGACUACUGGACCAUUUUCAUUUCGGACUAGUCCAGUUACUGACUCGAAUUUUGGCUCGCAUUUCUUUCGUUUGAAAUUUCGUUUUAUCAAGACUUCAGUUCCAACAGCUGAUGGAUUUUCGGUGUCGAAAUCAGCAACGCGUAUUCGUUAUAUGUACUAGACCGCAUUGAGUGACAAGUUGUUAGCAUAAGCACAUACACCGCCGCGCCCGUCAAAAUGCCCGAAGGCGAAUUCGAUAAACGGGUGUACAAUGUCCUUAUGCUUGGUGGUGGAUUUUUCUGCGUGUUUUUUUCAUUUCAGACGAUGAGCAACAUUCUGAUUACGCUGAUUAAUAGUAUAAAACACGAAACACCUGAUUACAUUGGAGAUGCUUUUUACUCUCUGGCCAUCGUUUACUUCGUAUUGGCCUUCUUCAAUCUACUGGUUCCUCCGAUAAUCAGCGUACUAGGCACGCGUAUUUCCAUGGUAAUCGGUUCCAUCGGCUACGCACUUUACAUGAUUUCGUUUUUUAUUACAAACGGUUGGGCGAUAUACGUGGCUUCGGUCAUAUUGGGAAUCGGAGCGGCCACAAUCUGGACUGCUCAGGGAACCUACUUGACGCUCAAUUCGGACGCGUAUACCAUUGCUCGUAAUGCGGCCUUAUUUUGGGUGUUUUUCCAAUCGAGUACGUUUUGUGGUAAUGUUUUUGUUUAUUUCACAUUUCUACAACAAGAUUUCAUUCCUGCCGACACGAGAGUUUACAUUUAUAGCGUUUUAUCGGGUGUUUGCCUGCUAGGAGUUUUUAUACUAAUGCUUCUACGUCCACCGCUUAACAUGCGCGGACAACAGAUAUCUGACACCAGCAACGCUCCUUCCAAAGCAUUUAUUAGUAGUCUCGCCAUAAUCGGCACGAAAGAUAUGCUGUUAUUGUUCAUCUCAUUUUGGUUCACCGGAACCCAUUUAGCGUUCGCUGCCUCUAUUUACAGUGCUUGUAUCGGCUUCACGACAAAGCUGACCAGAUAUCCCAAGUCGUUAAUCGGUUUAUCUGGUAUUGUGUUCGCAGUCGGCGAAAUAAUUGCCGGUGUGUGUUUUGGAGUUGCAGCGGACAUUACUACAUUCCAAUUUGGAAGAAACCCGAUCGUGAUUUUGGGAGCUGUGGUGCUUCUGGUGGGUUACGUUUUGAUCUACUUGAAUUUGCCGACGGAUGCGCAAUUUCACGAUACGACGGCCAUAUCUUAUUUCGAUCCGCCCAUCGCUUGGCUGGCAGUGUUGUGUAGUUUUCUACUCGGUUUCGGGGAUAGUUGUUUUAAUACCCAAAUCUACUCGAUUGUGGCUACUAGGUAUCGCGAGAACAGCCCUCCUGCUUUCGCUCUGUUUAAACUCGUCCAAUCGCUAGGAUCCGCCGUCGCGUUUCUUUAUUUCAGACAUAUAGCGCUUCAUUAUUUACUGAUAAUUUUAUCUGUGAUGGAUAUACUCGCUGCGGUUACUUUCUUCCCAGUCGAAGUAGAAGCGCGUACUCCUCAUUUCGAACCGGAAGAAUUAGAUAUUCAGAUUCCUGCCGGACCUUCGGUUAAUAGGAUUAUGGCUACGGCACCCAAAACCGAGUAAUUUCGCCAGCCGACUGACGAAUCAACCAAACUAUAUCUAUAUUAUCAAGUUUAUUUUAUUGUAUUGUAUUGUACAGUAAAAAACGUUUGAUUUUAUUCGACGUUUACGACAUACAUACGUUUAAAAAAAUGCUUCGGUAUGUCCUUCGUCGAGUGUUAUCUCUACCAUUAUUGUUUGUUAAAUGAGCUUUCCUUAUUAUCGAUAAUUCUCUUAUUCUCGCUCUCUAUUUGUAGUCGUCGGUUUGAUAUUCGGAUAUUUUCGAAAUUUUUUAAUAUUUUUUUACGAGUACAUACCUGUCGCUGUUUGUACCUGUGUCAUUAUUUUUUCAUUUAUACAAGAGGCGGCUGAAAAGUAAUUCUCAGUGCGCUCUAUUUCACGUAUUGAACUGAGAAAAUAAAGGAGAAAAAAAAACAAAAAACAAAAUACCAAAAACCAACAAACGUAAAAAAAAAUGAACAAUCAACUUCAACAAACCACCACGACUUCGUCAUAAACAAACGACCAAACGACAAAGUGACAGUAUGUAAUUUCUAUAGGCUAUAAUACAUAUAUGAACGCAAUUACCUUACAUUCUACAUGUAACUCUGCUUGACAUCUGGAAAUGAUGCUGACUCGACUGUCAGCAAAAAACUCUCUGGGAGAGGUAGAGCUUUCUUCUGUACACCAUGUAGCCCUGAUCAUGUCCAAAGCGAUCAUAAUAAAGACAGGGCUGAAAGUUGGGAGGAAUUUCAUUUUCAAUCUUGUAAUUUUCGGUUUCUAAUAUGUAUGUACUAGGAUAUUUAUAUUUUCUUCAAACUAACCGAAAAAAUGUAUGUAGAGGGAGGAUAAUUCCAGGGACGGAUUUAAAAAAGAAGAAAGUGAACAAAAAGGAGGGAAAGGAAUCAACAAUAAUUUAUUCGUUGUUAACUACCAUUUAAUUAUGCGAAAGCAGAGUGCUACCAUCACUGCUAUGAAAGCUGCGCAUUGGGCCCACCUUGGAACACCAUGACCUUCAUUCCAUAACAUUAUUCACCGCCUUCCAACCUCGAGGAGCUGUCUAUCUAUGACAACAAAAAUUUGAUUAAAGUGUGAGAAUUACGAAAGUUUUCUAAAAUUCUCACGAAAUGUUGAAUAAGAUGAGGAUUUACUUACUGUACGUGGGUUGAUUUCUGGGUUGAUCUCGGUAUUGCUUUUUUUUGAUUUAUACCGUUUAUUAAAGGAUAAAAUGUAUUUCAUUUAGAAACAUUUUUUUAAAAUAGAGAUUUGACAGAGAAAAUAGAGGAAAAUUGAUAAAUUGGAUGAAAAAAAAUUAUUAUUUUCAAAUCAAAAAAUGUACUUUUGAGUAAAAUCUUCGAAAUCGUCAUCGUCAUUGUAAAAUUGAAAUAACAAUAAAAUAAAAAUAUGUAUAAAAUGAAAACGAUAAGAAAUAAAUCGAAAUCUUGAGAUGAAAAUUUGAAAAUCACCGCAGAUUGAAGCCUUUCCUGUCUGUCAAAUGAAUAACUAAUUAUGAGAAAUUAUCUGACCUCGCGCUGUGCUCGUUUUGUAUCAAUUCCCUCAGCACCGCACGACACCAAGCCGACAACGAAUCUUUUGGUUUCCUGGAAAAACAUCAAAUAAGUGAAAAGUUGAAAUAAUGCCAAAUUGCUAUUACUUAUCAUCACAGGUGAUGAUUUACUUUGGUUAUUUCCCUUGAUUGUCAAUUUAGUGUUCAUUAAUAACUGUCUUUAUGGUGAAUUUAGAUCGAAAAUAAGUUCAAAGGUUACAUACCUAUAAAUAUGAUGAAGUAUUUAUUUAUCUCUGUGUAUGGUUCGCAACAAAAGGGGCAUUUUUCUGUUAUCUACCUUGAUUUUUGACUCUUUCGUAAAUUAAUUCGUAAAUAUACCAUUUGGCAGUUUUAAUAUAGUCAUUUUUAUCGCCUUCUAAAAAGUCGUUAUAGAAUAAUUUAAUUAUAAAAUUUACUGAAGUAUAUUCUCUUUUGGAAGUCCGAUCCUGAAUUUGUUGUUGUAUGGCUUGAAGUUUAUGAUGGAAAGUUUCGAACAUAGUUUUGUCAGUUUUUGAAGCAUCAAGUUUCGAAAUGUAUUUGAAAAGAGGAUCGAAUGGUUACUUUCCGUGAUAAUGUUUGGCAUCAGACAGGUCAGACAUUUCGAUUUUGAGACAAAGCAGAUAAUGAUUUAAGUAUAGUUUCCAUAGAGGUCUGAUAAAUUUUUUAAAGUAAGUUGAAAAAAUGUAUGUUAUGUACAUAGAUUCUGAAUCUGACUUCAGUUCUUUUGUAACUUGAGGAAUUGAAAAUAAUACUGAAUAAUUGAAUAUGAAUAAUGAUAUUUUUUAUCAAAUAAGUACAUACACAAGUUUCAAUGUCGUGAGCUAAAGAUCGGCAGGACUUUGAUUGAUUUAAUGCGAUGUUCGAGAUAAUUAAUCUUUUUUUGAAACUUGUAUUCAGCAAAUCAUUUUCCGUUUCAUUAUCAUCAUUUUCAGAUAUUGAAAUUUCCGAACUUAUAGUCCAUUUUGAAAAGACUUCAUUUCAAAAGUAACGUAUUCACUUACAUCAUUUUGUACCUUGACGUACAGAUCAUUGUUCAAAUUAUUUACGUUCACUGAUUCCCGACUCUACGAAGUGAGUAAUUGAACCUAUAAAAUCUGGAAACUGUUCAAAACACUCAUUAACACUUUUUUCAACUUGUAAAGCCAUUUUUUUAAUUCUUGAAUUUGAAAAUUGAUUCAAUAUUUUCCGAGUGUAACUGUAAUAAUGAAGAAUUCAUACUCAAGUUAAUGGAACACAGAGAUGUAAAUACUUUUUCAAUUCUGCAUCAUGAACCUAUAAAAUGGCAGGUGCAGUUUUUGAGAAGUUGGUGAAUCUAUAGAUAUUCAUAUUCAACUCAAUGAUGAUGGUUGAAAAAAGGAAACUUACCAAUUACUAAGUUGAGGUGGUUUCAUAUUCAUACAUUGCGAUCGAGUUCAACCGUACGCCAUUCGUUUGGUUUACUGCAUCAAACAGUUUUUUUUGUUGGAAAAGAGAAUGGAAUGUCCAUCUUUUCAAUCAAGCAUGCAUAUAAUCGAAAAUAAUUUCCAACUUGCGCUGUGGUAACGUAGAUAGGAGUAUAUAAAUUUGUGUACAAUUUACAAUGGCAAAUCGUUUAAAAAUGUUAGUUCAGGUUAGUAUUAGGUGCCAUUACUGCUAUGCAGACUAUUGGUACGUGUAUAGUAAUCCAGAUGACUUCUGUUUCACUCGUGGUCAUGUGAGAUCCGUCCCUUGAAUUUUGACUUGUACUGUAAUGUGACCAAAAGAUACCUAAAUAUGUUGGGUUUUCUUUUUGUGGUCGUGUUGGUUUUCAUGGGACAGAAUAUAGUGCAAUGGUAAUUGAACCGUCGUUGAAGGCAGAUACAUAUUUGAACUGCUUCUAACAAGUAAAUCAAAAUGAACUUCGGGUGUUAUACCACUAAACAUAUGUACCAAUGUACAAAUUCGAAAAAUGGUCCAAAUUUUCCUCAGUAAAUUCUAAAAAACACGUUUUUGCUUCAUUUUCGGAGAAUAUCAAUUUAUUAUGAGUUUUCUUUUCGUCAAUUUGUGGAAAUAUACAUUUUGUUUUUUGUAGACGUAAAAAUAUCAGUAGUAGUGAAUCUUUUUCGCUAAUAACAUGAAAAUUAACCUUGUCGGUUAAGUUCUUGGUGUCGUAAUAAGAAUAACAUAGCUUCUCUCAUGUGCUGAAUCUCAAUUGGUUCACGUAAAAAUAAAUCGCCCAAGGUUCGCCAUACUAUAUUCUUGUCAGCGCAACUAUAUCGCAUUAAUUGAUAUGCCCUAUGAAAAAAUAAUCUUAAAAUUGAUUGUUUAUCGAAUUCAACACCUAUUUUAUGGUUGCGCAUUAUCCUUUUACCGAUAAAAGCCUGGAAUAAAACCGUAAAAAAUUACUUACUUACAUUUUACGAUUUUUCAUUUCAAUUUUAAUUCAUUUUUAGCGAUUCGGCAGAAAUUUGGAUUUUUUCCUACAUUUUUAAUUAAUGGAGAAAUUUUUGAUAAGAACUCACAGAUUUUGUAAAUCUAAUGAAACUGAACGUGAACAGGUCGGAGGAAGGGAAACAACGCCGUACUAGACUGAUGAAAAUUUAAAAAAAAAAGAAAAAGUAACAAUGUGCAUAGUACAUACAUACCUAGCCACCUAGGUGAAUAAAAUGAAAAAAAAAAUCAAAAAAUGAAUAAUAUCGAAUUUCUUGUGAAUUAAUUUAAUUUUAAAAUAAAUUAAAAAGCUUGAAGAAA